AUGAACGACGACUUCGGCCGGGCGCUGGUGGACCGCCGGCCCGCGGCGCCCCCUGGCUGCCUGCCGCUGGGCAUCAGGCCCCCUCCCCGGCCCGCGCCCCUACCCCGCGCCGAGCCGCUGGGCGCGGUGCCCUUCCUGCUGUACCCGGGCGCCCCCGAGCCGCCCUACUGCGACGCCUACGCGGGCGUGUUCCCCUGCACGCCCUUCCCCGGCGCCCUGGGCGUCUGUGACUACCCCUUCGAGCCCGCCUUCAUCCAGAAGCGCAACGAGCGCGAGCGCCAGCGCGUCCGCUGCGUCAACGAGGGCUACGCGCGCCUCCGCGGCCACCUCCCUGGCGCCCUGGCCGAGAAGCGACUCAGCAAGGUGGAGACCCUGCGCGCGGCCAUCCGCUACAUCAAGUACCUGCAGGAGCUGCUGAGCGCUGCCCCCGACGGCCCCCGUGAGCCCCCGGCGCCCCCGGCCCGGGAGCCCGACUCUUCCGAGCCCACCUGCUGCUCCUCCUCGCCCCUCUUUGAGUCGGAGGAAUGCAGCCACUGACCGAGCUGGCGCUCCGCCGGGCACGGGGUGCGAGGGCCCCCUGCCCUGAGGCGAUUCCUUGUCUGCAACACCCUCCUUCUGCCACCGCCACCCCGUCCCCGUCCCUUUCAGCUGGA